ACCAAGAGCUAGGCAGUCCCAAACAGUUUCUCCAGACAAAGCCACCUUGGCUCCUCACUGAUCGCCAGAGCUCAGACACCCUGGCCCCCAUCCACCUCUGCCUCAACAUCCUACAGCCAUCCAGGCUCAGCCCACUGCAGCCUGCCCACCCCCAGAGCAGAAGCAGGUCAAAGCAUGCGGUGGGGGAAGUAGGCACUGCACAUGAGCCCAUGCCUGGCUCAGGCCGUCUGCCAGACCCUCAGCACACAGCCCCCUGAAGAUAGAUGUCCAUGGCUGUGACUCACACCUCCUUGUGGCUGCCAGGGCCCAGGAGAGCACCUAAGGGCAGGACACAGGUGUCCCUGGGCACUUGGGAGGCAUUGCCUCCUGAGGCAUAUACCAGGCUUCCUGCCCUUCCGCCACUGGUAAAGGAAGCAGAGCACAUGUUCAGAACAGGUCGGGAGGAUGGUUUGGGCAAGGAUGCUCCCCAAGAGUCCUGCCUCCCUGCAGGAGGGAGCCCUGAGCAGCUCAGUGUUGGAAUUUUGAGACUUGGGGUUUUUAGCACUGACACUUGUCUGUACUAAGUCUCUUCAGAAGGCUAAGGCAGGGAGGGCAGUCUAGUACCAGAAGAAUUCUUACCAUUAGCCUCUCAGAGAUGCAGACGCUCUGCACACCCAGAAUCCAGAAGGCUUUUCUCUUGGCUCAGUCCUCUUCUUGCUUCCCAUACAAAGUCCCCAUGGGUGAAGACAGGUGGUUUCUCUCCCUAUGCAGCUGGUCCUCCAGUUCCCUGAGGGCUUAGUUUCUCCAGGGUCCUUUGAUCCCUAAGUCAGAUGUCAAACCCUUUCCAUUUCUAGUGCCACUCUCAGCCUGAAAUCACAACUUGGGACAGAGAGUCUGGGGGUCUUAGCAGGACUGAAUUUCUUUUUGGAGAGCCUCAUUUUAUGACUAUGGCUUAGUUUGUACUGUGUCUCAGGAGAGGAUACCCAAACACAACCUACUCAAUGUUAGUGGCAAAACAAAGACCUGAUAAGAGGAAAAACCUUGUCCUCAAGCCCCUCAGCACAUACAGGCCGACUCCGGAUGGGAGCCCAGGACUCCGAAUGUCCAGCUUCCUUUUUCUUUUCUUUUCCAUCAGCCUCAGGCAAGGGAACCAAAGUCCUUUAGGCUAGGGCUUUGUGGAUUAUGGUGCCUGGACAAGAGAAGCCAGAUGGGUAGCUGGAAGCCCCUCCUACCCCUUACCCCUGGGGCAGCAUAGGGGUUUAACUGGGGAGAGCAGUAGGGCUUCUGACAGCAGUAAAUGUGGGCUCCCCCUAGACUUCACUGAUGGUCUCAAAAAUCCCUGUUUAUAGAGUUAAAAGGCCUUAGACACCCUUUCCUCCCAAGUGUCCCUUCUCUGCACAAAUGACAGAGGUUGUGACUAGGUUCCUGGGCACAGGAUGGGCCAUAGCCUAGCCCAGCUCCUGAUGCUCCUGGUCUCUGUGCCCAACAGCCACCUGCCUGCCCCUACCAUGGAGACCUUCUUUAGGAGACACUUAAAGCAGAAGAUGCCAGGCCCUGGAGAGGGGCAGCAGUGGUCUAGCAGUGUGGGGCUGCCCACAGGCAAGGCCCGGCGCCACUCCCCUGCUGGACAGGCCUCCUCCUCUCUGGCACAGCGGCACCACUCCAGUACACAGCUCCAAGGCUGCCUCCUGGGCUGCAGGAUGGGAGCCCAGGGCAGCAGCCGCCGGCGCUCCAGCACCAUGCCCCCCACCUGCAACCCCCGCUUCAUUGUGGAUGAGGUGCCUACCCCACAACCUGUCACUGUUGGGGCCCAGCUUCUGGGUGCACCCCUGCUGUUUGCUGAACUUGUGGGCAUGAAUGAGGAGGAGCAGGUCCAAGAGGAUGUGACAAUUGCAGCAUUGAGUGCUGCACAGCCAGGCACCAAAAGACCAGGGUCACCCUCCCACUGGGGCUCCCUGCCCCUGCUGCCCAUGCCUCGUUGCCUGUGUUGGCGGCGAGCCUCCUCCCACCUGCUCUCUGCUGAUAUGGUGUAUGACCGGGCCCUCUGGGGCCUGCAUGGUUACUAUCGGCGCCUCAGCCAGCAGCGGCCCUCAGCCCAGCACCCUGGCCCUGGGGGCCGAAGAGCCUCGGGCACCACAGCUGGCCCUGUGAUGCCUGCCCGAGUGUACCUGCUCUCCCGCAGGUGCCAGGUAGCCCUGUGGUGCAAGUCAGCCAGACCCCAGGCCUGGAGUGCCCUGCUUGUGAAAGCCAUCAGCAAGUCGGGCCUCCAGCACCUGGCACCCCCUCUUCCUGUUCCCGGGGCCCUGUGCAGCGAGCCAGAGCAGCAGAUCAGGAGCACUGUGGACUGGAGCGAGUCAGCGACGUAUGGGGAGCACAUCUGGUUUGAGACCAACGUUUCAGGGGACUUCUGCUAUGUUGGGGAGCAGUACUGUGUAGCUAAGAUGCUGCAGAAGUCAGUGUCCCGGAGAAAGUGUGCAGCCUGCAAGAUUGUGGUGCACACCUCCUGCAUUGAACAGCUGGAGAAGAUAAAUUUCCGCUGUAAGCCGUCCUUCCGUGAAUCAGGCUCCAGGAACAUCCGUGAGCCAACCUUUGUGCGGCACCACUGGGUACACAGGCGACGCCAGGAUGGCAAGUGUCGGCACUGCGGGAAGGGCUUCCAGCAGAAGUUCACCUUCCACAGCAAGGAGAUUGUGGCUAUCAGUUGCUCCUGGUGCAAGCAAGCAUACCACAGCAAGGUGUCCUGCUUCAUGCUGCAGCAAAUCGAGGAGCCGUGCUCUUUGGGGGUCCAUGCUGCAGUGGUCAUCCCCCCCACUUGGAUCCUCCGAGCCCGCAGGCCCCAGAAUACCCUCAAGGCAAGCAAGAAGAAAAAGAGAGCAUCCUUCAAGAGGAAAUCUAGCAAGAAAGGGCUGGAGGAGGGCCGCUGGAGACCCUUUGUCAUCAGACCCACUCCGUCUCCCCUCAUGAAGCCCCUGCUCGUGUUCGUGAACCCCAAGAGUGGGGGGAACCAGGGCGCUAAGAUCAUCCAGUCCUUCCUCUGGUACCUCAAUCCCCGACAAGUCUUUGACCUGAGCCAGGGAGGGCCCAGGGAGGCGCUAGAGAUGUACCGCAAAGUACACAACCUGCGGAUCCUGGCAUGCGGGGGUGACGGCACGGUUGGCUGGAUCCUCUCCACUCUGGACCAGCUGCGCUUAAAACCACCGCCGCCUGUUGCCAUCCUGCCCCUGGGCACUGGCAAUGACUUGGCCCGUACCCUCAACUGGGGUGGGGGCUAUACAGAUGAGCCUGUGUCCAAGAUCCUCUCCCACGUAGAGGAGGGGAAUGUGGUGCAGCUGGACCGCUGGGACCUCCAUGCUGAGCCCAACCCCGAGGCAGGGCCUGAAGAGCGUGAUGAGGGUGCCACCGACCGGCUGCCUCUGGAUGUCUUCAACAACUACUUCAGCCUGGGGUUUGAUGCCCAUGUCACCCUGGAGUUUCAUGAGUCUCGAGAGGCCAACCCAGAGAAGUUCAACAGCCGCUUUCGGAAUAAGAUGUUCUAUGCCGGGACAGCCUUCUCUGAUUUCCUGAUGGGCAGCUCCAAGGACUUGGCCAAGCACAUCCGAGUGGUGUGUGAUGGAACAGACCUGACCCCCAAGAUUCAGGACCUGAAACCCCAGUGCAUUGUAUUCCUGAACAUCCCCAGGUACUGUGCAGGUACCAUGCCCUGGGGCCACCCUGGGGAGCACCAUGACUUCGAGCCCCAGCGACACGAUGAUGGCUACCUCGAGGUCAUUGGCUUUACCAUGACAUCCCUGGCAGCACUGCAGGUGGGUGGGCAUGGCGAGCGGCUGACACAGUGCCGCGAGGUUGUGCUCACCACGUCCAAGGCCAUCCCUGUGCAGGUGGAUGGUGAGCCCUGCAAGCUUGCAGCCUCAUGCAUUCACAUUGCCCUGCGCAACCAGGCCACCAUGGUGCAGAAGGCCAAGCGGCGGACAGCUGCCCCUUUGCAUAGCGACCAGCAGCCAGUGCCCGAGCAGCUGCAGAUCCAGGUGAGCAGAGUCAGCAUGCAUGACUACGAGGCCCUGCAUUAUGACAAGGAGCAGCUCAAGGAGGCCUCCGUGCCCCUGGGCACUGUGGUGGUCCCAGGAGACAGUGACCUAGAGCUCUGCCGUGUCCACAUCGAGAGGCUCCAGCAGGAGCCCGAAGGUGCUGGAGCCAAGUCCCUGACUUGCCAGAAACUGUCCCCAAAGUGGUGCUUCCUAGAUGCCACCACUGCCAGCCGCUUCUACAGGAUCGACCGGGCCCAGGAACACCUCAACUAUGUGACUGAGAUCGCACAGGACGAGAUUUAUAUCCUGGACCCUGAGCUGCUGGGGGCAUCGGCCCGGCCUGACCUUCCAACCCCCAUCUCCCCUCUCCCCACCUCACCCUGCUCACCCACGUCCCGGUCACUGCCAGGAGAUGCUACACCCCCUAAAGGUGAAGAGCUGAUUGAGGCCGCCCAGAGGAACGACUUCUGCAAGCUCCAGGAGCUGCAUGGAGCUGGGGGUGACCUCAUGCACCGAGACGAGAGAAACCGCACACUCCUGCACCACGCUGUCAGCACAGGCAGCAAAGAAGUGGUCCGCUACCUGCUGGACCACGCCCCGCCAGAGAUCCUUGAUGCUGUGGAGGAAAAUGGGGAGACCUGUCUGCACCAGGCUGCAGCUCUGGGCCAGCGAACCAUCUGCCACUACAUUGUGGAGGCUGGAGCCUCUCUUAUGAAGACAGACCAGCAGGGCGACACUCCCCGGCAGCGGGCUGAGAAAGCUCAGGACACUGAGCUGGCCGCCUACCUGGAGAACCGGCAGCACUACCAGAUGGUCCAUCGGGAGGACCAGGAGACAGCUGUGUAGCUGAGGGACGGGGCCAGCCAGAGGGGCCCCUCCACCCCACCUCACUGCCACAUUCCAGUCGGACUGGCCACGGGAGGACCCAUGCUCCAGGGAAGGAGCCCCGUGCUGGGGGUACUCAGCUGUCCCCCGGAGCUCCCAGCUGACGCAGAGGCUCACAGAGGAAAAGGAAAACUGGACUGGGCUGGACAGGCCUGUGGGGGCCUGGAGCUUAGGCCCCAGAGGGGAGGGCAGAGGGGUUUGAGGCCCUAUCAGGGAGCCUUCAGGAAGGCUUUUAGGGCCUUAAGGGGCCCCAGUGUGAGGCUCCUGGGAGCUCAGGCCCCCUCUCCUGUUCUGAUCCCACCCUCCCCAGGUUUUCUCCCAGAAAGCAGGAGCCUGCUGCGUUUACCUGCUCUCUGUCCCACUUGGCACAUACCUGUGACCCUCCCCAUGUACCCAGUCAUUUCAUCACGGACUGUGGCCUGGGGGCUGGGGAGGGGCUCUCGUGGUGACAUGUUUACAGCUGGGUGUGACUCAGUAAAGUGGAUUUUUUUCCUUUC